CCUGUAGCCGCUAUUCUGGAUUAAAGGGCCGGCACAAGCAUCCUCUGUCGCUCUGAAAGUCAUACUAACGAUUCUGAAAAUCCGACGCUUUUCUUCAUUCCUUCUCAUGAGUGGCGUCUGGCGGACAACCAGCACCGUGGUGCUCUUCGGCUCACUUCAGAGAGUGGCUGGCGGGGAACGCCCCCUCUCCUCCCUUCCCCCUCCCCAUCUCUCAUGCCCGACCCGACCCGGCCAAUUCCGGCAACUCAAGCCAACUUCUGACUUUGGGCUCCGCCGCGAAACGGGACGGAUGCUCGCUCCGCUCCUCCCAUUCUGGUGCCGUCAUCUCCCGGCUGGUGAGGAAAACCACCUUCGGCGCUGGAGGCACUUUCCCCCAGGAGACCAAACUAGAGAGAGGAAGCGGAGGAGAAUCCGUUAGGGCCGCGAGGCGACUCUGACUCUAGCGCUGUAGAGACUCGGCGCUCCCCGAGUAUCCCCGUCGGCGCUUCGUGUGCAGCUGACGCAAAAGACCUUUCAGAACUCGAUCACAGCCUUUCGGUCUCUUGGGAGAGAUUCUGAAUCCGCUGAUGAUAAUCAUGACUGAGCUAAUCCAGAACCUUUGGUUCAUCUCUGUUAUUGGAGCUGUGAGUCUUUCUGCACGGAAGAUCAAUCCAUUUUGUGAUGCCACUCAUUUUUGCAACUAUUCUUCAAAGGCUUUACACACAAUUCCUUCUGGUCUAGCACAAGAUAUCAAGGAACUGGAGUUGACCUCCAACAAUAUAGAGCACAUUAGAGAAUGGGACCUGAAGUUUGCAGUAAAUCUGAGAAUUCUUUUGCUCCAAUCUAAUCAAAUUCGGACAAUUGAUGAGGAUGCUUUCCGCUUCAUUGUAAAGCUGGAACAUUUGGAUUUAUCAAAGAACAACCUCACACGCUUGUUACCCUCUUGGUUCAGACACCUUUCUUCCUUACAAAAGUUAAACAUAAAAGGUAACUACUACCAGAUGCUUGGUGAAACCCCACUGUUUUCUGACCUUCAAAACCUGAGAUACCUGUACUUUGGAAAUGACCACUUCUCUGCUUUACAGACACAAGACCUGGAAGGAAUUUCAGUUCUUGAAGAACUGGAGAUUGAGGGACCCAACCUCAGUCUAUAUGCUCUAGGAACUCUGAGACCAAUAAAGCUCAUAAAUCAUAUUAUCUUCAAUGGUUUCUCUAUCACCACUUUAGCUGUGAUUGUACCUGAUAUUACAAAUUCUGUGAUGUGUUUUGAACUGAGAAAUAAUCGUCAGCUUAAAAUUCCAAGCUUUUAUUUAUCUGAUCCAGUGGUUCCUGUGGCUGUGCAGAAAGUUAUCCUCAGAAAUGUUGAACUUUCGGAUAGCUCUGUUGUUCAUAUAGCACCCAUCCUUGCUAGUAUGAAACAACUGCAAGAGCUAGAGUUGACAGAUUCCAAAUUACAAGGCACUGGAGAUUUCCAUGGUAUCCAAAACAUUCCAAAUGCCCUGCAAGUGAUAACAAUCAGAAAUUUAACAAAUGACAUGUUUUAUUCAUUUUCAAAUCUUGCUACUGUUAUGACUUUUGUAGGGAAUAUUACCAAACUUACAGUUGAAAAUGCAAACAUUUAUCUGGUUCCCUGCGAACUUGCAAAACACUUCCAUUCACUGUUGUAUCUUGAUGUCAGUGUGAAUUUGUUGCUAGAUCCGUAUCUUGAUCAUUCAUUGUGUGAUUAUGCCUGGCCUAGAUUACAAACGUUAAAUGUUAGCAAAAAUCCUUUGAAGCAGAUUGGAGUGGUAGCAAAAAGUGUAGCUCGUAGACAAAAUCUUAUUAACUUGGAUAUAAGCCAAAAUAAUUUUGAAGAAAUGCCAGGCUCGUGCAUAUGGCCCCAAAGUCUGAAAUUUUUAAAUAUCUCUGGCUGUAAAUUAAACAUGCUCACAAACUGCAUCCCUCAAAGUCUUGAAGUACUGGAUGUUAGUGACAAUAACCUCAAUAACUUUAAACUGAGCCUGCCACACCUACAGGAGCUUUACAUCAAAAACAACAGAUUGAAAACCCUUCCAGAUGCUCUCUUAAUUCCCAGUGCUAGAAUCAUUAAUAUUAGAGAAAACAAAGUAUUUGAGUUCAGUAAGCAGCAACUUGGAAAAUUUUCAAAAAUUGAGACUUUGGAUGCACGUUACAAUAAUUUCCGAUGCUCAUGUGAAUUUAUCUACUUCAUUCAGUCUCAUCAAGGAAUAUCUCAGGUCUUUGUUGGGUGGCCGGAAAACUACAUCUGUGAAUUUCCAGAUUAUGUAAGGGGGAAGCAAGUGGGAGUUGUCCAAUUACGACUCUCUGAUUGUCACAUGACUUUAAUGAUGUCCUCCAUCUGUAUCGUGAUGCUAUUGAUCAUCUUGAUGUCAGCAAUUCUUUGCUACAAGCUUCAUGCCAUCUGGUAUAUGCAAAUGAUCUGGGCCUGGCUUCAAGUAAAACGCAAGCCCCAAAGAACUCACAAUAAAGAAAUCUGCUACGAUGCCUUUGUUUCCUACAGUGAGCAGGACUCUGAAUGGGUGGAGAAUGUAAUGGUGCAGGAGCUAGAGCAAGCUAGUCCCCCAUUUAAACUCUGCCUUCAUAAAAGGGAUUUUAUGCCUGGCAAAUGGAUUGUGGACAACAUUAUUGAUUCCAUUGAGAAGAGUUCUAAAACUCUGUUCGUGCUGUCAGAGCACUUUGUACAGAGUGAGUGGUGCAAGUACGAACUCGAUUUCUCUCACUUCCGGCUUUUUGAUGAAAACAACGAUGCAGCGAUUUUGAUCUUGCUGGAGCCUAUUCCAGAGAAAACUAUCCCCAAAAGAUUUUGUAAACUGAGGAAAUUAAUGAACACAAAAACCUAUCUUGAAUGGCCAAGGGAUGAAGAUCAAGAGCAAAUAUUUUGGUUUAAUUUGAAAACGGCAAUAAAAUCCUAGAAGAGAAUGCAGGAUAUGCAAUCGUUUCAGACUGAGCCAGUUUCAGCAGCUCUGAGAGGUGCUCCUCUCUAAUGUGAAGUAUGUAAUAGGAACAGACAACUGGCAGUUAGGAUGACCAGGUGAAAAAGAGGACAGGGCUCAUGCAGUAGGCUUGUUGUUCCACCAGGCAUGCAUGGGAAUUGAUUACGAGCAGGGACUGUCCCAUUGCCUUCAGUAUUUUGAGCUGUGGAGAGCUUAUGUGUACAGAUUGCUGUUUAUAAAUUGGAAGGGCAGGGAGCACUUAUUGUGGUCAGCGUUCUCUUUCAGUUCGCCACGUGCUACUUAAUACAUUGACUAAUGUAGUCAUACUUUACUGUGUGACUGAAGCCUUUGCUGGCAAAAUCCUGCACUUAAUGUUGUAAUAAGACAGUUUUAUUAAACAUGUGGCUAUUUGCUUAUGAAUCAUUCCAUUGAAUGGACAUUAACAGAUGCUGAACCACAACCCAGUCAAAUGAAAGUACUUGGAUUUAUGCUAGUUUAGUUCCACUGAAGAGUGGUGGAUAGGGUUUAUGACAGUGAUUUUCAACCUUUUUCAUCUCAUGGCACACUGACGAGGCGCUAAAAUUGUCAAGGCACACCAUUAGUUUUUUAAGGAUAUAUUUUAUCAUUUAAAAAAUUAGUACUAAGAUUGUGUUUAAAGUUCAAUAACUAAAAUUUAAUCGUGUUCUUUUUUAAAAAAUAAAUCAGUGGGAAAUCUGUGCUUGGUGAUUUUUCAUGAUGUCCCUUGUCCGAGGGUGGAUGGUUGACAGGCAUACCCUCAAGUCAUCCUCCAGUGUUUGAAGCCGCGACCUGUUCUUGCUCUUCAUAGCAGAGGAACCAGCCUCAGACAGAUAAGAUAUUGAGAAAGGAAGAAGUGCUUUAAUCGCCAUCUUUGUGAUGAUGGCAUAUUCCUCUUGGAGAGACAACCAGAAUGAGGCCAUAUCUGUUGAUGAGUGUUUCAGUUUCAGUCCUCUAUUAUUUCUGAUUUCCAUCAGCUCAUCUUCUUCUGCAACAGUUAAUUCUGCUGACUCGCACACACUUAACACAAGCGGAUCUCUCACCCAGUCCAAGGAAGAUACAGUGACGGGAAAUACUUUUCAAUGUUUUUACUCAGCAGUGACAAACUCUGUAGAAUUAAAUCGACAAGAUUUUUGUCCAGUCUGCAACUUUUUGUCAGUUCAAACAUUUCAACUUUUUUCUCUUUUUUGAUUCUGGCUCCCCACAGUGUUAGUUUUUCCUUAAAGGAGAUAACUUUGUAAGUACAAGCAAGAAUAUUUUCAUUCUUUCCCUACAUGCUCUUGUUAAGAGUGUUCAAAGCUUGGAAAAUGUCAGCUAGGAAUACUACUUUAUUGUACCAGGUCUUAUCACUAAGCAGGUCAGCCAGCUCAGACUCUUCUGACGUAAAAAAAAUUAGAAGUUCUUCCCUCAGUUCAUACAACCUUGAAAGCAUCCGCCCUCGAGAUAGCCAUCUCACUUCCGUGUGCAGUAGAAGUUGUGUGUGAGCAGCUUCCAUGGCAGAACACAGUGCUGAAAACAACCUCGAUUUUAAUGGCCUACUCCUGAUGUAGUUAACCAUUUUUAUAGUCUCAGCCAGUACUUUUUGGAGUUCAGGUAGUAAUGAUUUUGAAAUGAGGGCCUCUCUGUGCAGGAAACAGUGUGUAAAAACAAUGCCAGGGUUCUUUUGUUUGGCCAGUGCGACAAAUCCUCUUAGGCUUCCUGACAUAGAGGGAGCACUGUCUGUGCAGAUGCUGAUGCAUGAUUUCCAUGACAAAUUGUGAGAAUUGAAAUAGAUGUCGACAACAUCAAAAAUGUCUUGGCCUCUUGCUGUUUCUGGAAGUGAUUUGCAAAAUAACAAUUGUUCAAUGAUGUCUCCAUUACAAACAAACCUGCCGAAUGCUAGGAGUUGAGCUUUUCCAGUGAUGUCAGUUGACUCGUCCAACUGGAUGGCAAAGAAAUCGGCUUCUUUAAUGUUAGCUAUCACUUGUGACUCAAUGUCUUGAGACAUGUCCUGUAUAAUAUUUACAAUUUUACAGCAUGCUGGUAAAAUUACUGACUCAGCAAUUGUAUGUGAUUUCAUCUUUUUUGCCACAAUUUCGGCAAUGGCAGAGCUUGCUGCUUGAGCUUUGUCAGAACAU